CGGAAUCCCCUUCUUCCGACAAAAACCGACACCAUCCGCCCAGUACAAAGCUGUCCAGAUGAAGGAACUCAAACGAAUGAUACGGGCUGGUAAGCCGAGCUACGAACAGAUUCACAGUUGGCGAAAUUCAUUCGAGACACUUUUGAAUGAUCGCUUUGGAUUGGCCUUGUUUAAGGACUUCCUGAGCACUGAAUUCAGCGAUGAAAACAUUGAAUUUUGGAUUGCCUGUCAAGAAUACAAGAAAAUAACCAACCCAAAGAAGUUGGCAGCUCGGGCGCAACAAAUUUUCGAUCAGUUUGUUGCUGUUCAAGCAGUCCGAGAGGUAAAUUUGGACUCCAAAACGCGGUUGGAAACCGAAGCGGAAAUAGCAAACCCAACAGUUCACACCCUCGACAAUGCUCAAAAGCGAAUACAAGCCCUAAUGGAAAAGGAUUCAUAUCGUCGAUUCUUACGAUCCGAAGUCUAUCUGACUCUCUAUUCUGAGGCACGAGAAGUGGCAAAAGCAGUGGCUGCAUCUGCUCUCGCCGCGUCUCUUCAAGAGGCUAGUGAAGAAUUGGAGGGAGCAGUACUCAACCUGAUCACGUCCAGUUCGUCGACCUCUCAUUUUUCAUUCCUAUCCAAUCUGGGUUCAAACUUUAACGCAUCCACAGGAACCGGUCUUCAUUUGCCUGGCGUUGCCGCGGCUGCGGCCAGUGCAGAGGCCGGGAUGAACAGCGUCCAGGACCUGCAACUGUUGGGUUUGUCAACUUCCCGCCACAUGCGUAACAGUAGGAAAUCAUCUGCAACAGACACUUCGGCGAAACGAACCCCCAAAACUGAGUCCGACUCACACAGUGGCCACUCGAAUGCAUCCACCAGUGACCAGGCCAGAUAGCACAAUCAGAAAUAGUUCCAUCGGGACAAUGCUGUCAUCUUGUCUAAACCAGAAACAUGUUCAAAACCAAUUCAGAUUUAUUGGAAUUCAGGAGUAUCGUUUAUGAGGCAUCAGAAAAAAAUUGUCGAUAUUAACAAUAAAACCUUUUUAUAUCCUUUGAAUGAUCUUUUAUGAUUGAAACACUUAUGCAGCACAUGGUACAUGCAACAACUCUAUGACUGAUGUGUUUAGUUCCUGUUUUUUAAUGGCAAAUUACUUUUCUG